AUGGCAGCGCGAUGCCCAGCGCCAUGGCAUCGCUAUUCUGAUCCCCGAGUCUCGUGGCCCGACCUGGGACUACUUGCUCACAGGGCAGCGUCAGGACAUGGACUUUAUCCAGUUCGCCAUGGGCGAGGUCUGCCGCCAGGUGCCGAUAAACGGCAGCAACAUCGCAGUGAUGGGCAUGUCAGAUGGAGGCUCCCUGGGGCUCUCCAUGGCGCUUCGGAAUCCGUCGCUCUUCAGAACGGCGCUGGCCAUGCUGGUGCGAACUUCCACCCAGCAGGGCUUGGUAUGCAUGCUCAUAGCGAGCCUUCUUGUGUCUACGUGCGAAGGCAGCAACUGCUCGUUGCACACGGAUGCUGCCAGCUUGUUGCAGUACAGCUCGCAGGCUGGCAUGGGGCCACCGGCACGGCACUCGGCUUCCCAGAUUCUCGUCGACAUACAUUCGCUCGAGCCUGA